AUGUCCAACACUCUAUUUGACGAUAUAUUCACGGUAUCUGAAGUUGACCCAGGUCGUUACAACAAAGUCUGUCGUAUCGAAGCCACUUCCACCACUCAAGAACAAUGUAAAUUAACAUUAGAUAUAAAUACCGAAUUAUUCCCCGUGUCCAAUAACGAUCAAUUAACCAUCACGAUUGCAUCCUCGUUAAGCAUCGAGAGUGAUUCUAAUGCUAAUCAGGACGCCGCACAAAGAAGUUGGAGACCUCCACAACCGGAUGAAAGAUCCAUUGCUGAUGAUUACGAUUAUGUCAUGUAUGGGACUGCUUAUAAAUUCGAAGAAGUUAAUAAGGAUAUUAUCGCUGUGUAUUAUUCAUUCGGUGGGCUUUUGAUGAGAUUGGAAGGUAAUUAUAGAAAUUUAAAUACAUUAAAGCAAGAAAAUGCUUAUCUAUUAAUCCGUCGUUGA